GAAAAGUGACAGUUCCAUAAUAUUAUCUUCUUUCAAAUAAAUUUUUAAUUUCAUGUAUGUUACUAUAUGUGAAAAGAACCGCUGAAAACAGUGAAUAUUUCAAAUUGUUGACCACAAUUACUCUAAAUUUGUAGUAUAUUUAGUCCAUUGAUCAAAGGCUGCAAUGGAGUUGGCUGUUCGGGGGAGAAAGGGUACUGAAAUUCAACUGCAGGAACCUAUUGAGCCACCUUCCAAAUUACCCUCAGGAAAUUCACUAUCGUAUUGUCGACUGUGCUUUUCGGAAGUCGUAUUCAAAAGGCUGACACUGCCAGCGAUGAUCGAUACCUGGAUAGACAUCAUCGACAGCAACAUCGGCGUGCGGCUGAUUGCCAAAGAUGAUGCUCCCUUUGCUUUGUGCUAUGGUUGCUGCGUAUCAAUACAAAGUGUGCGCCAAUUUCGAGAACGUUGUCGGGUGUACGAUAAAGCACUGAAGGAAUCUCGAAGACCGAAGGCAGUUUCAAUCACUGUAACACCGAUCCUCCAACCCGCUGGAAAUACCAUAUUAGGUGGAGUAAAGACACCAUUUUCAAGCACACAACAGAAUGUGCUGAUUAUGCCAACACCAGCCACAGCGAGUCAGCCCACUGGGUCGAAUCUCAUACAACCCAGCACACCUUCGAACGAAGUACAGAAUUUGACGUGCCAAGCAUGCAAUGCAGUAAUACCCACUCAACUAGAAUUCCAACAUCAUCUACGAACGAAUCAUCCGAAAAUCGGUGGGUACAUUAAAUGUACUAAGUGUAAUAAAAAAUUUCGUCACUAUGAGAAUUUGAUGCGACAUAUGGAGAAGCACACAAUUCAAUCAGAUGCGUUUGUUUGCGGUUCCUUACCGAAGAAGAAACGGAAAAGAUAUGUCCGGCGGAAUCCAUGCAGUUUAUGCACACAACGCUUCACUACCAUAGCGUUGCGCAACGAGCAUGAGGUCAAGGUUCAUAAAUUGAUGUUCGAAUGCAACAUUUGCUAUGCUCGAUUCGCAACGCAAGAUGCACUAGAUGAGCAUAGCAGAAGACGACAUCUGGCAGGCCAGCCGCACAUGACCGAGCACAUGAAAAAAUACUCAAAAGUGUCGAAAACGUUCGUCUGUGGGACCUGCGAGGAGACAUUUCUUGAUAGGCAACAGUAUAUCAAACACCAACAGGAUCAGCACAAUGUUCAACCGCGGGCAAACGAUGAGCAUCAAUGUCUAGCGUGUCAAACUGUCUUCCUUUCCGAGCAGACAUUUCUCAUCCAUCUGGAUAUUAAUCACACGGGCGUAGAAAUUUUCACCGUGGAAGACAACGACUCCAACGACGACGAAGACGUCGAAACUAUAUCCGAUGAUAACAGUCAGCGUGAAGCUUCCCUGCAUUCUACGUCAGUUUCUUCUGGCACUGCACUCGAUACCGUUGCAACAAAUGAAAUAUCAUCGUCGGAAAUGGCAACUGUUACGGAUCAUGUUUAUCAGUACUACUCCCAAGCCGACGGCGAUAAUCCAAACGAAGAUGCUGGAUGCAGUGUGGACUUGGAAGACGAUCUGCUCCUGGACGAAAUCCCACCACAGUCCGGUUUCGAUCUGUACGGUUCAGCGUUUCGUGCCGCAUGAUGCACGUGAAUCAGUGUUUUUUCUCGUAUGUUUUAUAAAUUGUAAGCUUCGCAAUAUUGUAUUCAUACUACAAAAAUUAUUUCCACAGUAUUUGUGAUGUACACUUCGCAUCAGUGCAAAUGCAAAGUUUUACUGCCGGACACACCUGGAUGAAGUUAAAUAAA